AGGGUGUUCGGAAAGUUUUGGUACUCCGGGUUUUCUUUUUACGGUGAAGUUGCAGCUCUCUCCUGUUCGCCUCUUCUUGAUAUUUCUAUACCUGACAAGGGCUUUGUUUUUUGUUAUCGUUUGCACAUAACAUCACACAAAUCAAGACAGACAAGCUGUUUGACCCUUCUGUAGAUUGCCGACUUGCCGGGUUGGCUUAAUUGGACGCAACGACGACUGCGCUGGUAUUAUACGCGUAUCAGAUUGCGACUAUAGGUGAGUUGUUGAAGAGUGACUUUUUCAUCUAUGAGUGUGAGUGGCCACUACAGUAUUAAAUUUCACUACUAUUCUGCAAAGCAUAUUUCUGGGGAAAGUCAUCAGGAGGACUUUCUUCUCUUCUUAGAAGGCGAGGUAACUGCUUCAGUAUAAAAAGAGAGAAGUUGGCCCGAGUUUGUGGAAAGCAUCGUAACUAUGAGUAUACUGAGUGAAUACCCACCAGUGCCUGUGAGCUUGCAACGGUCGCAAGACGAGCAUAACAUGUACCGUCAUAACGGGCACGGUAGAUGUCCCUCCAUCCCGGAGAACGACCAGGGGUACUUCCACGGACUCCUACUCAGCCCUGCCGUGGCAGCUACCGGUGAAAUGCCGCAUGAGUACGGUAGCCCUGUCCAGUCUUACUCGCCAUGCUCACACACGUGCCAAGAACAGAUUACCGGUAAUUGCAACAGCCCUAACUUGUUGGACUGCCAGUCCGGUCCCGGGAACUCAUGCGACGAGCGGAGCACUCCCCCAGGCAUGCCUGGACCGCGACGCUUCGGAAAGCGACGGUGCGCUACGAACAGCAACCGUAAGGAGCGACGGCGGACGCUUAGCAUAAACUCUGCUUUUUCUGAUUUACGAGAAUGUAUUCCAAAUGUGCCGGCAGAUACCAAACUGUCCAAGAUUAAGACUCUGAGACUAGCUACGAGUUACAUUGCAUACUUGUCCGAGGUCCUCUCCAAAGACGAUGGAAUUGGACCGGUGGACGCGGCCAACUUCAAGGCAGAACUUAUGAAGAUGGAGGACCGUGAAAGAAGGAAGAAAGCUGUAGACCGUGAAACGACCGAGCCACAACACGCUAUCGAAGCCAGGCGUUCACGGGGCAGAACCGGCUGGCCACAACACGUCUGGGCCCUGGAACUACAACGCUAAACACGGCCUAGAAAAAUAACUCCGCACGCUACUUUUAGUCAUUGCUUCCCCGUUGAACUAGACACGGUAACACUACACCGCGAAUUGACCGGCAACGUCGUGGGUGUUUUAUGCUCGACCUUACGGCCACAACACUAGAGGAGUGGAUCGGUGAAAAUUCGGAUCUUCGUUCUUCUGUUUUGUCGGUGAUGAUCAUUCGCAGUGGAUAUAAUGGACGCAGAUCGCCAUUUUAACUUCAGCAUGAAGUUACAUGGAGAUAUACAAAUGAAGAGGACAAAAUAUCCCCUACACAUGGUGCUACCCUCGCCUAACUUCAGCACUCCAAUCACUGUCUUUGAGUUGUUAUUUUAUAUUUAUUUUUGUUUUUUUCGACCAUUACGAAUCACUUGUAUCGGCUAAUUUAAUUAAGUUUCUCGGUAACGAGUCGUAACAAUUGUAUCAAGUGAGAUUCUCGUACUAGAUAUUACAAUACGUCUCAAGCUCAUGCCUAAGGUACUCCACGGAGCCAAUGAAUGCGACUGCCUCAAUGCCCCCUUGUCAUCCAUUACCUUGGUGCCUUUGAAAUGCUUCAGUAGAAACUUACAUUUUCCGCAUAGGGCAUGCCCUUUACAGAGGAGAACAUGCAUUGGUGCCCUUGCCCUUCCAAAUACGAGGCACACAUGCCUUCAAGCUGUGUUUAUUUGGGAAAAUCUGUAAAUGGUAACAUUUGCUUGUUUAAAAGGAAAGUUUUUGGCGUAAAUUUGUGACAGCGAGCUCUUAAUUUCACAGAUUCAUGAGAUGACGAUUAUUAAUUUUUAGCAAUAUUUAACCAAAGUGUCAAAUUAUAUGGUGCCACUUUCAUCGCCAUGCGGUUCCCUGCAUGCACGGUCUUAAUAACUCGAUACUAUUGGAUGGCACCAGACUAUUUUUUCUACUCAGCCUCACUUUGGUUUACGUCCAUAUAAAGCUUCAUGACAACAUGGCUGCCCUUAAUAUUUAAAUGAUAAUUGUGAACCCUUCCGCCUUGUCGAGUUAAUGGGGGAUUGUAAAAAUUAUGUAAGAACAGUUAACUUAUUCUUUUUGAUUUAUGUUUGUGCCAAAUUAUUACGUGUUAAGAUAUUUUCGUUCAGGGUUGUAUGUGAAUUAUUAAGAUUGGUCUGCAAGUAUCUUGCUCCAACUACUCAUUGCCGAAGAUCAUUAUACUUUGUAAAUAUUGUAUAUUAUAGUUAUGAACUUAAGAGUAUGGUCACCUUAAUAUUGCAAACUGUACCUAUUAUGUAUUUCAGUACACAAAUCACUCUAAGGGCCACACGAGGCGAAAACAGGCUACCAAUGACAGACAAUCUCCAAGAAGAAAAGGCAUUCAAAUUUCAAUGUUUAUACAUGUUUCUUGUUGAUCGUAAGACAUUGUUCGAAAAGUUUGGCCAAAGUGUCAUGUAGCAUGUCUUAACGUAUAGUUACCUCCAAG